AUGCAGCAGACUCCAGUCGAUCCCAAAAGCGACGACAUCCACCCGCAUGCUGUGGAAAGUCAAGUGAUCGAAGGUCUGAUGCAAAUGGAGCAUACCGUCGAGGAUGCGCGUGCAGCUACGCAAGAUCAAAAGAACACUUCGGUCUACCAAUCUUUCAAGGAAUACCCCAAAGCUGUGGGCUUCUCGCUUGUUCUCUCACUUUGCAUCGUUAUGGAAGCCUAUGAUACUUCCCUUAUCGGCAAUUUUUACGGUCUUCCUCAGUUCCGAAAGCGUUUCGGCGAACAGCUUGCCAACGGCGAUUACCAGUUAACAUCAACUUGGCAAUCUGGCUUGCAGAAUGGUACUCAAAUUGGUCAGAUGAUCGGCUUAUUCUUUGGGGGUAUCUUUGCAGAACGCUUUGGUUACAAGAAGACGUUCAUUUAUGCCUUGAUCCUCAACAUUGCAUUUAUCUUUUUGUUCUUUUUCGCCCAAAACAUCGGAUAUCUUCUUGCCGCAGGAAUGCUAUGUGGACUGCCCUGGGGAGCUUUUCAGACGCUCACUACGACCUACGCUGCCGACGUUACGCCCAUGGCCCUUCGACCGAUUAUGACGACGUAUACAAAUAUGUGCUGGGUUAUUGGUCAAUUCAUCGGUACUGGCGUUCUUCGUGCACUGCUCUCAAGACCUGACGAUUGGGCCUGGCGUAUUCCUUAUGCGAUCCAAUGGGCAUUUCCUAUCCCUAUUCUCAUUGGUGUCGCAUUCGCUCCCGAAAGUCCAACUUGGCUGGUUCGAAAAGGGCGGCUGGUCGAUGCUCGCAGGGCUUUGAGAAAGCUCGCCAGUGCUUCUGUUAGUGACGCCCACCUCGAUGCCAAUUUGGCCAUGAUUGCGUAUACCAACGAGAUGGAGAGGUCGAACGAGGAGGGAACUUCAUAUAUGGAUUGUUUUCGUGGUAACAAUCUGAGACGUACAAUCAUCUCCUGCUGCGUUUGGGCUGGACAGGUACUUUGCGGUAUUUGGUUUGGUAGCAACGUCGUCUACUUCCUCCAGCAAGCUGGUUUCGACUCUGAGAAAUCCUUCAACUUCGGCCUCGGCACUAGUGCUAUGGCGAUAGUCGGUACUUUCUUAUCCUGGUUUCUCCUUCCCCAUGUCGGCCGUCGUACACUUUACGUUUCUGGUCUCGCCAUUCUAUUCACCAUCCUCAUUAUAGUCGGCUGCAUGGGCAUUCCUGCACCACAAGCAAGCCUUGGCUGGGCAUCUGGCGUUUUCCUCAUGUUCUUCGUCAUCACAUAUGACUUGACAAUUGGGCCUGUCUGUUACUGUCUGGUUGCUGAGAUCCCCUCUACUCGUCUUCGCAUCAAGACUGUCGCUAUCGCCCGGAAUGCCUACCUUUUGGUGAGCAUCGGUGCAAACUUCUUGAACCCUCCCAUUCUGAACCCAAGCGCUUGGAAUCUCAGAGGUAAGGGUGGUUUCAUCUGGGCCGGCAUCUGUUUCUGCGAACUGGUUUGGGCUUAUUUCUAUCUACCCGAGCCCAAAGGCCGCACCCCUGCUGAAUUGGAGAAGUUGUUUGAGCAGAAGACAAAUGCUCGCAAGUUCUCUAAGACAGAGGUUGUGGUUUUUGAAAUUGACGGUGAUGUGGAGAAGAAGGACGGUCCUACGGUUGAUAUGGUUGAGAGCAAAUAA